AUGACGAAAAGAAAGAGGGCUCGAGCAGCAAGGCGAUUGGCCUGUACGAAUAGCGCACGUUCAAAUAAUGACCAAAGAGAACCAGGGCAACAACGACAGCUACGGCAAGAACCUGGGCAAGAACCUGGGCAGGAAGAAAAGGAGGAGGGAGAUGAUAGAACCAACAACGCUCCAGCAGUUGCUCAGGUUGCUCAGGUUGCUCAGGUUGCUCAUCAGGAGCAGCAGGGAACAACAGAACCAAACCCUCCUAGUGGUACGUUCUUUCCUUUCCUAAUGUCGAUCGUUGACACGGUUUACAUAGCAAGAGGUACACGGUCGAGAAUUGUGUCUGGUCAAUUCGAUGAUGCAGACGAGGACGUCGAAUAUGGAUUUGGAAGCGUGAGUGCAGUAUUUCAAUUUUUGGGCGACAAUGUGCCAGACGAUGCAAGAAUGGGGGAUAAUCCAUCAACUCUCGUGAUCGAUGUUUUGUAUCAGUUUGUAUCGAUUCUCUACGUCAUCUGGAGAUACCACAUGCGGCAUGAAUUUGGACCCCUGGAAAUUCCGUCAGGAUCUCCUUUUCGUCUUCCUGAUCACCUGUUCCUUGCAAUACUGGAUUUUGAGGAAAAGCAUAGGAAUCAUUUUUACAGCGUCCUUGGAAAACCAACGCCAAAGAGGGUGCGGCGGCCUCCAAGAAAGCUGCCGGUUUCUCUCCUGGCACGCCACAAGAGGCGCCCUCUGAUGAUUCACGUCAACAGGGAUGACAACGAUCCAGAAUUCCGGUUCCGUAUCUCAUUUUACUGA